AUGAAGCUAGAACCGCCGCGGGGGAGGCUGGAUUCCCCCCAGCCGCCGCAGCCGCGACGGUGGCCGCAAGAGGAGCAGAGUGAGCAGCAGCAGCAGCAGGCACUGCCGCAGAAAAGCCGGCAGGAGCAGAAACAGCGGGAGCAUCAUCUUGAGCGCGCCGCAUAUGACGGGCAGCGUCCUCGCCACCAUAGGUCGCAGCAGGGAGAGCAGCAGCAGCGUCAACCGCAGCCGCAGCAUCUUGACAUGCGCGCACCACGUGACGGGCUCAGGCAGAGUCCUCGCCAGCAGCAGUCGCAGCCGUCGCAGCACUCGCAGGCGCAUCGCCCACCUCUUCGCGAACGCCUUCGCGAGCUCACGCAACAAAUUCGGGAAGCGGCGCGCGAGGGGCAGCGCGCGGAGGGCGGGCGCAGGCGCAGGCGCGCGGAGGAGCGGGUCGACGCGCUUAUGGCGGAAUACCACGCGCUGGGCGGCGCGCCUGCCACGUGGAUGUACGCGGCUCGGAUCCAGCUGUGCCUGGUGAAGGGUGCCACGUGGCGCCGACUCGGGAGGGGGAGGUUUCAACUGGCGGAGGCGGAACCCGGGCGGACGCGUCUGGGCGGGGGCGCAACGGGGGAACGCGAGGGGGAAGUGCGGGUCGGAGAAGGGGAAGGGGAAGCGGAAGGGAGACAGCGAGUAGCGCUGCGACAGCUGGCGCGCGCUCGGGAGCUGUGGCAGGAGAUGCGCGCCCGCGGUCUGCAAGCAGACAAAUACGCCGCCUCCGCAAUGAUUGCGGUGUGCGGGCGGGCGGGCAGGGCGGAUGAAGCAGAGAGGGUGAUGGCAGGCGUGGCGCUGGGGGGGAGAAGAGUGGUGGGGGAGGCGGUGCUGGGGGGGAGAAGAGUGGUGGGGGAGGCGAUGCUGGGGGGGACUUGGGAGGGGGAGGCUGUGUUGGAAGGCACUGGGGUGGGGGGACAGGUGGAGCCGGGGAAGGUGUCUUCUGGUGCUGGUGUUGCUGAUGAUGCAAGGAGCCGUGACGCAGGCAUGGGUGGAUUCAACAGUGGGUUGAAUGGUGGGUGGAAGAGUGGCUUUAACGACGUGGUGGUCUGGAAUGCGCUGGCAGAUGCGUGGAGUCGGAGCGGGGAUGCAGAGCGGUCUGAAGGGGUGCUCUCUCGCAUGCUGCAUGCGCACUGCCCGCCCAACCUCCGGAGCUACAACAUCGUUCUCAACGCCUAUGCCAAGAGCAUCACGCCAGUCAGUGCCCAUGGCGAUGAUCAUACUAGUGAGCAUGUUAAUGAGGGGAGAGGAGAGAUGAGAGUGAUCAGACACAAUGAUCGCAGAGAGGAGCAGUGGGCGGAUGGAUUGAUGAGAGGCCACGGGUGGCUGACGCAUGGCGGGCGGCAUGGCUCGUCUCCAUCCGUGCCUCCCCGGCUCAGCCCGUCUGAGACCAUCCAUCGCAUGCGCCAGCUCAUCGCCUCGAUGUCGAGACAAGAAUUGCCGCCCUGGCCUAGUAAUGCCGCCCGGUGCACGUCCAGACAGGAUCUAGCCGCCCGUGUGACGAGAAGUUCAAAAAGCACCCUUGAUGCUGUAACUCCCUGUACUACCACUUCUGCUACUGUGACUCCUGAUGCCGUCACUCCUGAUAUAGUCACGUUCAACACGUUGCUGGAUGCAUGUGCCCGGGCGGCGGAUGUGGAUGCUGCAGUGGACACGUGGCAGCAGAUGAUUGGUUCAGGCAUCACACCCACAGAGGCCUCCAUCUCUUCACUCACAGCCGCCUUCCGCCUCGCCCCUUCCCUGCCUUCUGACCUGCUCGCGUCCCUGGCGCCUACUGACCUUCCUCCACCACCGCAACAAAACAGUAUGGAUUUCCAUUUCCGCCCAUCCCUUGUCUCGGCCACCGUUCCAAGCCCGCCCGCAACACCCCCUCCCUCACCUCCCACUGCUCCUAUAAGCCCUCCCCCGCUUCCCCCGGCCACCUCUGCUGCCACUGAACCAGGCCUGUUUUCUAGGCUCGGCCCGUGGCUGCAGCAGUGGUUCGGAGAGCCAGCAGCCACGGCACCAGCAGCACAGGGAGCUCUGGGGACUGCUGGAAUGGGGGCGAGGGGGGGUUGGGGCGGUCAGGUGUCGAGAUAUAGGGCUGGUGAGAUGGGGGGUGAGCGGAGGGGAGAAGGGGGAGGAGGUGGUGGUGGUGGGGCGGUGGGCGAGUUGGGAGUGAGGGGGAUGAAGGGCGGUUGGGGCGGUGAGGUGUUGAGACAUGGGGCAGGCGAGAUGGGGGGUGAGCGGGGAAGAGGAGGAGGAGGAGGUGGGAGGGGCGAGUUGGGAGUGGGAGGGAGAGCGUGGGAGGGCAAGAGCAUGGGGGAGAGGGUAUGGGAGGGCAAGAGCAUGGGGGAGAGGGUAUGGGAGGGCAAGAGCAUGGGGGAGAGGGUAUGGGAGGGCAAGAGCAUGGGGGAGAGGGUAUGGGAGGGCAAGAGCAUGGGGGAGAGGGUAUGGGAGGGCAAGAGCAUGGGGGAGAGGGUAUGGGAGGGGAGCGAUGGUACAGGGGAGAGGGCACCGGAGGGUGGUGAGGGCAUGGGGAAGAGGGUAUGGGAGGGUGGCGAGGGCAUGGGGGUGGUUACUCUAGAUCUGCAUGGCUUGUCCGCAAUGCAGAGUAGACUCCGCCUCAUGGAUGCCCUCCUCCCUCCCUCACUCCCUCCCUCACUCCCUCCCUCACUCCCUAACCCGCACCUGCACUCACACCCUCACUCGCCCUCUCCUUCGCACACUCGCUUGGCAGCUCCCACGGGGUCCUCACCAGCCCGAGGGUGUGAGAGUACACCCCUCUCCUCUCUCGCUCGUUUCACAGAAACUGAAGCAUCUCAGAAGCACCCUGCCCCAGGUGCACCUCUGAAGAAGCCAGUGUUUGUGCAUCGAUCCACCCUGACAGCAGCAUCGGAGGCAGCAGCGGCGGCGGCGGCGGCGGCGGCAGCAGCAGCAGCCGUGGCUCAAGGUGGUGAUGGCAGUCCCUCACAGCACAGCAGGGGACUGGUCAUUAUCACAGGAGCUGGCAGGGGCCGCUCGUUUGUAAGAGAGGCGGUCAUGCAGCAGUUAUCGGGCCUCAGUUGCUUUGUCAUGCCGGCCAUGUCUGUUGGCAACUUUUGCGAGAGCAUGGAUUAG